UAAUAAUUGAAUACAUUUUAAUAAAUUAAGUUGUGGUCUCAAAUAAUGUGCAAAAAUAAGUUGUAAAAAUUGCUGGUAUAGCAGCGGCUUGCUCGACUUUCAAUUUACGAAGUUCGAUAAAAGUUUUAAUGAAAUUAAAACUAAAAUUAAUGCGGGAAUAUGCAUAUUCUAUGUACUAUAUGCAGCGAUUUAAUUAACCAGGCAGACAAUAUUCAAGUAACGAAGUGUGGUCAUAUAUUUCAUUAUCAGUGUCUCAUACAAUGGAUUGUAAGAUCAAAAUCAUGUCCCCAAUGUCGCAACAAAGUCACAGAGAAAUGUAUGUUCCGGAUGUACCCAACAAUUUCCAACGAGAACACGGGAGACGAUGUGACAACACUACAGUCUCGUCUGGAUGAUGCACAACUACAAUUGAGACAGCAAAAAGCAUCUUCCAAGGAGCUGGAGGAAAAAAUUAACAGCUUAGAUUUGGAAUUAAAGAAAAAUAUAGGAGUUUUAAAAGCUACAGAAAAGAAAUUGGACAGUAAAGAAGCAGCAGUUACUUCUUUGAAAGAACAACUGGAUUAUGUUAAAAUACAGAACAGAGAAACACAGAAGUUAAAAGAGGAAAAUGAGAGUCUGAAGAAGAACAUACAACUUUUGAAUGGAUUACAGAAGGUCCUAAAUGCGACCAGCUCUGAAGUGGAGCAGAUGUUGGCGAGCUACUCUGACCUGAGGACAAUUGCUACUUUUGCCACGGCACUAAAAAGGGCGCUCUGUGAUUCAGAAAGUAAAAAGAACGAGUCGCGAGAUCGUAUACACGCGUUGAAACAGCAGCUCACUGCGGAGAAGAGUGGCGCUCUGGAGUUGCAGACAAAGUUGGGGCAACUUGAAGAGAAAUUUAAUACCUUAGAACGUAAAUACGAGUGUCUAAAGAACAAGAGGAAAGCCGUGGAGGCAUUAGACAUGUCGGUGGAUGAAUGUGAACCGAACAAAUUGAGAAAAUCGUCCGAACUGGACCUUAGUACAACUUAUAUUGAUGACUACGAGAGCCCUGCUCCUGCAAAAGAAAACCUAAACACGGCAAUUAGAUUAAGUGAAGACAACACUAGUUUUAACACUCUAGUAACCGGUAUAGAGGACUCGGACUCGCCUUACCUGCGGCUGCGGCACAGCGGCCUCGCGCUCGCGGCGUUGCAGCGGCGACCGCAGCACGCGCUUGGUGCUAUGCUCAAGCCCUCCGAAUUAGCAGUGCUGAACUCCGCAAAGAGUACACAAAUGAAACCCAGGUCCAAAAUGAAGUACAGCAUAUUUGAACAGAAGGAAAAGCCGCCCAUAACCCUCUCAGAGAACGACACAAGUCUGACAGAGAUGAACAUAUCAUACGACGGGCUCGGGGGUCACUCUAAACUGGACGAGUUUCCUGUACCGAACAACCGACCAGCUCUAAAGAGCUACAUGCCAAAACUGACUACUAGACACAAGUUGAAAAGACCUACCCCGGUCAAUAAUCACGACAUCGGAAAAAUGAUGGAAAAGCUACAGGAUAAGCUAAAAUGAAGACUGAAAUAAGAAUUUAUAGUUUUAUCUUCUUAAGUUAAGAUACUCUCAUGUUCUUUAUUUUAAUUCAUUUUGAUAUUAAUGUAAACAAAGCCCUGUACGAAGUCGAAAUUUCGAUGCUUAUGGUUGGUUUAAAAUUUUUUGUUUACAGCUAAUCUGAGCCCCGACGAAACAGAAUGUUUUUCUUUUCUUAUAAAUGUGCCAUUGUUGUAAUCAUUUCAUCACAAAUCUGCUGGACAGUGUAAACCUACCUUUAUUACCAGUGACUAUAUAAAUUAUCUUUAUACCCAAUUUACUAAUGUUUUUUUUAAAUAAUUAAUAUAUGCUUUAGGCGCUAGGUU